AUGAGUGAUCGGAACGGUGGUGGUGGUGGCAAUGGUGGUUGCAAGUGUCUGGAAAUCAAAUGGCACCGGCAUGGGGGUGGCAUCAGUGUGGCUGUGCUGGCGAGACAUUGUCAUAUUGCUGUCAUGCUGAAAUGGUUGGUACAUAGUCGAUCUGAUGAAGAGAAAAGCAGAGAGAAGAGUUGCAAGUAUGCGUUGUUGGGUAGCCUCGGAGCUAUUGUCAGCCAUUUCGAGGCUUUAAAAACAGAUUGCUCUGAAGGUGCAGCGGACGACCUUUAA